UCGGACAAAAUGCACAAAUGCAGUAAUGUUGCCUAAUUUGAACAUAAUUCUCACGACCUUAUUAUGGAAAGUGAGCCGUAGGAGACUGGUCACGCAGGUCUGGCAGUACGGCGGGCAAGCUAUCCACAUAACGCAGCAACACUCGGGCGACCCUCAAGACCACACAGUGAGCGGAUUUCCUUGCCGAAUUGCUGACGGAGGUGCAUAGGGAGGUUAUCGUCGCGGUCCAAGUGGAAAUAAUGAUGGAUCUAAGAUUAUGAGGCUGGAUGGGACCGAUCGACUUUGGAUGCACUUCUGGGCAGACAAGAGGAUUGCUUCCUGUUUACUUAUUCUUCACCUUUGCAGAUGGCCCGCAGCAAGGAACUCGCUCCCGGCGUCGGACGCCUCUCUCGUUCGCAAGUCUUCGCCCGCCGAGGGCUCUUCAAGGGGCAGAAAAAAACUGAGAAAGCACCAGAAGCAGAGGUUGCUGCCGUGAAGGAGGUUCAGGUCGGAGGAGAGAAGAACGGCGGAAAGCGUCUUGUUCCUACCGCAAAGGCAUCUCGUUUCUACCCCGCUGAGGAUGUCAGACAGCCCAAGAAAUCCCGCAAAGCACCCAAACCCUCCACACUUCGUUCCUCCAUUACCCCCGGCACCGUCCUCAUUCUCUUGGCAGGUCGUUUCCGUGGAAAGCGAGUUGUUUUCUUGAAGCCGCUCGAGAGUGGCCUUCUUUUGGUCACUGGUCCUUUCAAGGUCAAUGGUGUUCCCCUUCGUCGGGUAAGCCAGGCCUACGUUAUUGCUACUUCUACCAAGGUCGACCUCGGAGACUUCAAGGUCGAUGAGAAAUUUAACGAUGUUUACUUCGCUAAGCCCUCUUCGAAGGGUUCGCGAUCGGCUGAGGAGGAGUUCUUCGCCGAGGGCAAGCCCAAAACGAAGGAAGCCUUCCCCGAAUCCAAGUCUGCUGACCAAAAGGCUGUUGACAACGCAAUCAUCGCAUCUGUCAAGAAGACCGAGAACUUGUCCAAGUACCUGAAGGCGACCUGGGGUUUGUCGAAGGGCCAGUUCCCCCACCAGUUGGUGUUCUGAUUGACUUCUUGCUGGAUGGCUUGCGCGGGGAGGGGCGGAUAUUCUGGUGAUGAGAUGGGCUUUUUCUAUGACUUACGAUAUGCCGCGUAGCACCUCCAUGAUAUCGCACGCCACUUCGCAUACUUUUGCAUUAUGUACAUUGCUUCUGCUACACGCACCAAGAAACCGCUCCAGAGUCAACAUAGCGACUUUGCGUCCUGUAAGCUAAGAUUUGCGCUGUGAAGUAGUUUUCGACAUCAAUUAUGAUCGAAAUGCUAGCGCAUUUGGCGCCUA